AUGAAGCUCCUUUGGGCCACUCUUCUUGUCGCAGCCUCAUCGGCCUUCGCCAGCCCCGUAGCGGAAGCAAAUCCCGGCGAGCCGGGCUAUGGAGACUAUGGAAAAUACGGCGAAUACGGCCGGUACGCGGACUACGGAAAGUACAAACCGCCAAAGGGAGGAUACGGAGACUACAAGAAGUAUCCGGAGCCGAAGGGGGGCUACGGCGAUUAUGGAAAGUAUCCCCGGGAAGACUAUCUGUUUUCAUAA